AUGGAACCUGCAUUCCUCCGGAAGGCUGUAAAUCAGUAUUGCUCAAAAGAAGAAUAUGAAUUUCGUUGCCGGGAACGACUGGUGCAUUGCCUGGAAAAGACGCCGCCCGGCCAAGAUGGUGGAAAGCCGAUUCGGAGCAGAUUUGUGAAAGAAUACAGAAGAGCUGCGGCUGCGACGACCCUCGAAUAUGGAAAAAUACGGCCGCCGAACGUAUUGGCCGAGACGAUCGACUAUUUAUUGGGCCUCUACACCUACACGCUCACGCCCCAGCAACUAUUCCACGCCUCGUUCACCCAAGUGUAUCACUUUGUCUGUGAUCGACUUCGUGCCGUGCGCCAAGACCUGAUCGUCCAGCACGCCACCCCUAGAGAUUUUCAACUUUUACUGGAGAAGAUGAUUCCCUUUUACCUGGUGACGGAGCAUCGAAGUAUCGUGGAAGGGUGCAAGGAGUAUGAUUGGAAACUACACUCCACGCAGUUGGAAGAAUGUUUCUCGAGAUGGGCAGAGAUCUACCCGUCGACAGUGCCCUCUGAAGAAGAUGAAGCUAGGAAUAUCAUCAUUUCCUCCUACUUCAUCAGACGUCUCGAGAAUGCGUCAACUAUUCCCACACAUUAUCGACUGGAAACGACGAAGUUUGAUCCGCUGGUCAGCUUCUGCGAGACGUAUGAACUCGGAGAUUUACAAAAUUCUCGUGACUUCUUCGAGACCGGAGCAGAUCAGCAGGUCGAUGCGUUCAAAAGGACCAAGACACUGAUCGAG